AUGGCAAAUGCAAAUUCAAGCAACGGACACAAUUUGGCUUCACUUAUUCCUCGAUUCAACGGUGACAACUAUGAUUAUUGGAGCAACAAUGUGAAGGUGUUGUUAAAAUCCAUGGAGUUGUGGAAUAUGGUUGAAGACGGCUAUGAGGAACUUGAAAAUGAACUUGCACUCACUCAAGCACAAAGAAAUGCGUUGAAGGAAAAUCGAAAGAAGGAUAGUAAGGCCCUUUUCCACAUCUAUCAAACAAUUGAGAUGUCAGUAUAUGAGAGAAUUUCCAAAGCUGAAAAUGCAAAGGAAGCAUGA